AUGGACAGAAAUCAACUUCCUCUUGUACUUGACAGACCUGAAGUGAGUUAAGGCCCAGUUUUUCAAAUAAUGUUUCGGUAUUUUUUCAGACCCCUGAAGCACUUUGGUUCACGUCUCACAAGAGAUCAUUCGGAUUGUCGUCCAGACCUACACCAGACACAAUAGUGAAAAAGUCGAACGUGAGACGGUAACAAUGCGAUAAUCGUUAUUGUGCUUUCUGCAGACCUACUCGGACAAAUCGAAAAAGUCGUUCGAUCUUAACAGCGACAAAGAAAGUGCUUCUUCCAACAAGAACAAAUCAUGGAAGAAAAAUUUGCUCGACGUUAGUCUCUUUUGGUCAGGAUCUGAUAUUCCAUUUAUUUUCCAGGGAGGAUUGAAAAUCGAGAAGAAUGAGAAGAAAGAUUGCGAUUUGGCCAGCAAAGAAACUGCUACCGACGAGAAGAAGGGCCAAACUGCCGAGAAAAGCGGAGACAAAUGCUCAAUUCAAUAA